CUUGUAGGCAUCUUCAGAGCAUCGAGAGGCCUGGUGCUGGUGGCUUAAACCAUCUGUCCUUUGAUCCUGCCAGCAACAACAAAUCUCUGCAGUUUGGCAGUGCUGCUGACCCGCGGGUGUCGGAAAGCCCAGCCGAGAAUGGAAGCGAUCCAGGCAAGAAGAGGAAGAGAGCAAAUGUUCCUCCAGCAGAUGGUGGCAGAGAACUAAGCCUCGACUCCAUUCCGAUGGGCUUGCCAAUGUCAGACCCAACUGCCUGGGCCACUGCGAUGAACAAUCUGGGGAUGGCUCCCAUGGGGAUGACAGGACAGCCCCUCCUGCCUGGUAUAUCACUGUGUGCUCCGUAUUUUGAUCCUGCUCUUGGGAUGAUGACUGGAAUCCCUCCGAUCAACCCCAUGAUGCCAGGCUUGGGGAUAGUCCCACCUCCCAUCCCUCCGGACAUGCCUGCUGUGAAGGAGAUCAUUCACUGCAAAAGCUGCACUCUCUUCCCACCUAACCCACAUCUGCCCCCUCCAGCAAAGGAGAGGCCCCCAGGGUGUAAGACGGUGUUUGUUGGAGGACUGCCGGAAAACGGAACUGAGCAGAUCAUUAUGGAAGUGUUUGAACAGUGUGGGGAAGUCAUAGCUAUUCGAAAGAGUAAGAAGAAUUUCUGUCAUAUCCGCUUUGCUGAGGAGUUCAUGGUGGACAAGGCGCUUUAUCUUUCUGGCUAUCGCAUCAGGCUGGGCUCCAGCACUGACAAGAAGGAUACUGGGCGCCUGCACGUGGAUUUUGCUCAGGCUCGGGAUGAUCUGUACGAGUGGGAAUGUAAGCAGCGGAUGCUGGCGAGAGAGGAGCGCCAUCGCAGGAGGCUGGAAGAGGAGCGCUUCCGCCCGCCCUCCCCACCUCCCGUCGUCCAUUACUCCGACCACGAGUGCAGCGUUGUCGCUGAGAAACUGAAAGAUGACACAAAGUUCUUGGAAGCCAUCCAGACCUUGCUGACUUGGAUAGAGCGUGGAGAAGUGAACAGGAGGACUGCCAACAACUUCUACUCCAUGAUCCAGUCGGCCAACAGCCACAUUCGCAGACUAGUGAACGAGAAAGCAGCUCACGAGAAAGAGAUGGAAGAAGCUAAAGAGAAAUUCAAACUUGCUCUCUCAGGGAUUCUGGUUCAGUUCGAGCAGAUAGUGGCCGUGUACCAUUCUGCCUCCAAACAAAAGGCUUGGGACCAUUUCACGAAAGCUCAGCGUAAGAACAUCAGCGUGUGGUGCAAACAAGCAGAGGAAAUUCGUAACAUUCAUAAUGAUGAACUAAUGGGUAUUCGAAGAGAGGAGGAAAUGGAAAUGUCUGAUGAAGAAAUAGAAGAUCCAUCAGAGAUGAAAGAAACAGAAGAAUCAGCACUGGUAUCACAGGUGGAAGCCCUGAAAGAAGAAAACGACAGCCUGCGCUGGCAGCUGGACGCCUACCGGAACGAGGUGGAGCUGCUAAAGCAGGAGCAAGGCAAAGCGAGCAGGGAUGAAGACACGACCAAGGAGCAGCAGAUGAAGCUUCUCCAGCAGGCUCUGCAGGGGAUGCAGAAGCAUCUUUUGAAAGUACAAGAUGAAUACAAAAAGAGAGAAGCCGAGUUAGAAAAAGUGAGAGAAGACAAACUAAAAAUAGAAACAUUAUUAGAAAACCUGAAGGAGCAGCAAAGCAUAGCAGAUGAAGAGGACAAGGAGAGAGAUGCAAUUGAUUGUCAAGGGAAUGAGAGCAGUACAUCCAGAGUUUGUGCGUGCAGCCAGGAGAAGGAAUGUCCGGUUGAAAAGACAUUGAGCAAUAGUCCUGUGAAAUCUGAACGAGAAGUUCUCUUAGUUGGAAUAAUUUCAACGUUUCUUCACGUGCACCCAUUUGGAGCAAGCAUAGAGUACAUCUGUUCCUACCUGCAGCGUCUGGACAGCAAAAUUUGCACCGCAGAAGUGGAAGUUCUCAUGACUCGACUCCAGAACACGUUCAGGCAGGAGCUGAGUGGGGUUGGGGCCAGCCUAGAGAAAAGGUGGAAGUUUUGUGGCUUUGACGGAUUGAAAAUGACUUGAGCUUUGACUUAACGCUGGAGACAACAGCAGGAUACGUACGCCAAGAAAACCGGGGAUGCCUCUUACCUCUGUUCAUGAUGAUUAUCUUGCACGCAUCACAGACUCGGGUGGGAUAAUAUGUAAGUGAAACUAUGAGUCCAGAGCAGCACUGGAAGAAACUUCAAGUUCUGUAGCUUCUUUGAUCAGUUAUUUGUUAACGGGCAAGUGCUGUUCAAUAUAUUUUGUGAAAAAAGUUCAUGUAUGAUAUUUUUAAGCACAGCGUGUUGACUAUAA